ACACAAUGCAACACCACCGCAUAUCAAAAUUCGUUAAUAAAAAUAUAUAUGUUGUCAUAUGUAUAUUUUAAGCAAUAAUGAUGGAUAAUAGUAUAUUUAUCUACAUACAUGUAUAGUUUUCCAACAAAUCACAUUUGUUCGAAAACUCCGAAAAAUAGGAAAAGUAAAAUGUAUUUUCUGAAACUAAGUGGCAACUAAAACGAUCAGCUGUAAAAUCACUAAAUUGUCAAAAGCUAAAACGGAAUAGGUUAUAAAACAAUUUCAAGUUAAUUUAGUGAAAGGAAUAUUCUUUUAGUUUUAUUUAAAUUAGCAAAAUGUCGAUUUUUAUAAAAAGUGUGCGUGCUCAAAGGGUUUUAAUGCACCGGAUGUACGCUUCCUCUAAGUCGUCAGUUCCAGCUAGCAGUACGGAAGUUAAAACAAUUCCGAAAAACUUACUCGAGGGUAGUCAAACUUCUCACCUACAACCCGAAAAUGGUGCAAUUUUCGACAAAAAACCAUUUAAACUACACCUGGAAGCAAAUAAAACUUACAGCUGGUGUUUGUGCGGAAAAUCGAAGAGCCAACCUAUUUGUGACGGUAUGCACAAAAAUGAAUUCUUAAAAAUAAAAUUAAGGCCUGUAAGAUUUCAAGUUGAAAAAACGGGCGAUUACUGGCUGUGCAAUUGUAAGCAAACGAAGCAUCGUCCCUUCUGCGAUGGCACACACAAGCAACCUGACAUUCAAGCUGCUGUACGUUAAACUGGCGGAAAAUAGCACAAACAGUGUAAUCAAGUUGUUUAAGGAAUAUUUACCUUUGUUAAAGUGUAUGCAUUUCAAAAAAAUUAUUGUUUAAAUAACAGCAAAUGUUCCAAGUCAAUAAAAAUAUUAUUAAAAUUCGUUUUUAAUACAAGCAACAGUUUGAUAUAUAUAUUUCUCUUUUAUAUGUUGUAUAUGCCGUUAUACAUAUAUAUUUUUAUGAAUAUGCUGUAGUCCAAUAUUUUUACAUAUAUUACGAAGUAUGCACUAUACAUAUUAUUUGAUUGUAUUUUACCAACGCUUAAAUACUGAAUAAUAUUGUGUCGAUGAAAAACUCUGAUAUGCGAACUUUAAUCUGUCUAUUUAAUUAAAGUAUGUGUAUUUUAACAAAUGUUUAACGUAAUAUUUACAAAAUUUAUUUUGUGAUAUUCACCACAGCUAAUAACAGGAAUACGAAAAAUUUUAACAUACAUUCAAACAAUUCUGAUGAUUAUUUUGGAUAUGUAGUUCAUGUAGAUACUUUAAAAUGUUUACAUGUAUACAUUCACAUACAUAUCGGCGUUAUAAAGCGUUUUACAAUAAGUAAAUGUGUGUAAAUAUUUAUAUAAAAUAGAUUGGAGUUCGUUUCAUUAGUAAAUGUCGUCAGCAGAUGUGGAAACAACGUUUUAUUUGGAUAUAGUGAUAUGUUAACCCAACCUUAUGUUGGCGUUUUAACGUCAUUGAAGGAUACAUGUAUUUCCCUAAACAAUUUCAAAUCCGAAGAACUUAGUUGUAUCAAUCAUUUUUACAACUUUCGUAGGCUAAUAUAAUUACAACUGGGCCAUUAAACUAUAUGAGCAAAAACUAUAUAUAUGUAUAUGAAUUUAACAGCUUAAUACACGAUAUCAAUGCCAACUCUACCCAUCACAGCAUUGUAAACCCAUAAUAAAUAUUUAUAUCAAGCACUUCAUAGUUCUCUAAGUUACAUUUGCUAAAUUAUGUAGAGCUAACUUCACACUAAUUCAUUUUACCAGCAAUUUAUUAACUAUUUAUUUCAUUUUAGUCGGCAUAAUCGUUGAAUUUCUCUUUGAACCGAUUAUCAACAAACGAAAAUUUGUUUGCACAAAAUUCUAACACAAUGUGGUGGUCCAUUUGCAUAUUGUAGUGGCUAUUGUUAUUUUUUAGCGUCGUUUGCUUUUUGAAAAGCUCAAACCUGAAGCAAAUAAAAAGACAAGAACAAACACAAAAAUACAUUUUAAUAAAUCAUUUUAUAAAUGGGCGUAACGGCAAUGUGCUUUCAAACACCCAGCAACUAAUUAAUGCCAUUGCCAUAAAAUGCUUUGAAAAUAGGAAAAUUCGAAUUAAUUACAUACAUAUUUAAGAAUACAAUCUAAUUACCCUAAAAUGCUUAGUAAUACCGAAAAACUAAUUAUACCCUCAACAGGGUGUAUUAAGUUUGCCAAGAAGUUUGUAACACCCAGAAGGGAACAAAAAGUAUACAUAAUUGAUCAGCAUGACGAGCCGAGUCGAUUUAGCCAUGUUCAUUAGUUCUAUUCACUCAGUUUAUGAGAUAUCGAUUUUAUUUUCCACACGUUCUUUUCACCCCAAGAAGCUGCUCACUUGUCGAAACCGCCUACAUAUAUCGGACCACUAUAGCAUAUAACUGUCAUACAAAUUGAUCGAUCAAAAUCCAGUCCUUGUAUGGAAAACUUUUUAUUUGACGAGAUAUAUUCACGAAAUUUGGCAUAAAUUAAUGUCCAAGGCAACGGUACGUUCUUCAAAGAAAUUGAUCGAUUCAACACAGCAUAUAGCUACCAAUCAAACCGCCCGAAUUUAUUUACGAAUAAAUUAUAGCUUCGGUGCAACCGAAGUUAACGUUUAUUUUCUUGUUUUAAAUUGGUUAUAUACAUAAUAGUUUUAAUAUUAUCUUACAAAUGGGAGGUUAAAGUUAAAGUUGUUUGUCGGUACCCGAAUCAGGCGGGUGAUACGUUACUCGAUCUCUUCGGCUAUAGAUAAUGAGAUCAGAAAACUUUCAAUUGCGGAUUUGAAGAUUUGACCAAGCUUAUCACUAAACUAACUAUGAUACAUUCACUAUGUCCAUAUUAUAAAAUUUCUGUAAAUCAAAGUAGUUCUACAAAGAACAAACUUUGGCUUUACCCAAAGUACAAUUUCUCGUAUUGCAAUAGAAGUCUAAGAAAUAACUAAAUUAAGCAAUUAGCCUCGAAAAUAAAAAUAAAAUAAAUGCAAAUGGAUAUUUUAGAUUCUCUAAUUCUGAUGAGUUUUGGAAUUAACGCAAUUUAUUUUUACUAACUAAAAUCAUAAAAAGCAUAAGCAACUUGAAUACGGUUGGUUUUUAUUUCAAAAAUAAAAUAACGGCACAAAUUAUAAAUAACUAUGUAUGUAAUGUUUAUGCGAGAUAGCAAACAUGAUAGUGUAGUAAACAUGCACUAGUGAUUUUAACGAUUUAAAAGAAUAGACGAAAAAGAAAGAGAAUUCUGAAAACUAACUUUGCAAAAAUGCAAUUGUGUGUACGAAAUUUAUGUUGCGAAAUUAUGUUUCUUUAGUUUUCGUUUGUUCUACGAACUAACUUAAGCGCACAAACCAACAGAAAACAAAUACAAUUUUUGUAUAAUCAAUUUGAAAUUAUUAAGCUUGGUCGAAAAGUAAAUUACGACAAGUAAAAGACAGUUUAUUCUAUAAUCAGCAAUGAAAAUUAAUACGAAUACAUAAAAUAAUUAAAUAUUGAAGCAAAAAUUAGUAUGUCUUUUAAAUUUAGUCACCAAUUGCUCGCAAGAAAAUGUUUGGCUACAGUGGAAAAUACUAUAGGAUCAAAUCUACAUCUACUAUAAAGUAUAUAAACAUGAGUAUUAAUACAACAGUUGUGAACUUCAAUUCCUCACGCUUUCACUGUGCGGCUGCAAUAAAGAACACUGAAACUAA